ACAAGACGUCAACGCGUAUGCAGGCGAAAAGCUCGACGAUCUCUACGACAACAAAAUGUUGGAGUUUCGAGCACCUCUACACACUUGAAACGACACUGUCUCGUGGCAUUGGUUGACACAUGCCUCAACCUCCGGCCGGUGGUCAGCAUCCGGGAGGCGGUGGAGGAGGUGACGGAGGAGACGGCUCAGGAUCUGGUGUUGACAAAGCAGAGGGGAAGAGGUCGGGCGGAGAGGAUUCUCGACAAAAGCGAUCUGUCGGAAAGGGGUCAGCCGAAAUGUCGUCGGUAUCAAAGGGGUCCGACAGAAAAGGGUCCGGCGAAAAUGGGUUUGGCGGAAAGGGGUCGGGCAGAAAGGGGUCGGGCGGAAAGGGGUCGAGCGGAAAGGGGUUUGGCGGAAAGUGUAGAGCAUUCGGGAGUGGCGAGUCUAGGGGAACUGAAAGCCACUGCGAAGGGAGUCGAGAUUCCGACGUGCGGUCUUAUCAAGUGCGAGUAGAUUCGCACUUGUCUGCGAGGACUUUGUUUCGAGAUGUCAAGGAGAGUCUGUGCCACAGUGCUCAGCAGGCGUAUCCUGAUGCCUGCAUUGUGAAGGACCGAAAGUGCGAGCGUCAGUUCCCUCAGUUCCGUAAAGUGCGAAUAGAUUCGGAGUUACUGACGUCAACCUGCGGACCUUCCGCCAGCAGUGCUCGCCGCACAGUUCUAAUAGAUUCAGAGUUACUGACGUCACCCUGCGGGCCUUCCGCCAACAGUGCUCCUCACGCUACAGUUCUGCGGGGCGAAGAAAAUGUGAGGUCCAACCCCCCGCAUCUUCAGUUGGGCACAGUGUUCCCCUGCUCACUGCCGUUCUCAAGUGUUGAGACUCCAGACUGGCUGUCUCGCAAAGUUUUGGAGGGGCUUGCUGCAGGAGUGUUGGAGACCGGGGCUAGCGAGUAUGAAUGUCACGCUUCGGAGGGUGCGCCCGUCGACUUUGAGAGCGAGAGUACAGCAGCUCCGGGGGAACCGGAGCUCUCACAGGAAGCGCAUGAUGUACAGCGGAAAGAGGAGACUCGACACUGGCCGCCUCGCAGAGUGAUGGAGGGGCUCGAUGCAGGAGUGUUGGAGACCGGGGCUAACGAGCAUGAAUGUCAUGCUUCGGAGGGAGUGUUGGAAACCGGGGCUAGCGAGCAUAAAUGUCAUGCUUCGGAGGGUGCGUCCGUCGAUUUUGAGAGCAAGAGUACAGCAGCUCCGAGGGAAGAGGAACUCUCACAGGAAGGGCAUACUAUGCAGCGGGAAGACGAACUUCUCCAUGGCUCGUCGGGAAAUGCCAUCAACAUUGAGGACACCAAAGAGUUUUUGCACAGUGGGUCGGCUGUGGCGACGACACAAGAGGGUGACAGUGGGGAGGAAGGACGCGUGUGGAUGUUUGUGGAAGGCAAAGACCGUGGGGAGGAAGGACGUGCGUGGACGUUUGUGGAAACUCGGCUUCUUGGCGAUGAGGAAGGCGAAGAAGAACCCGUGCUGGAAGCUCGGCUUCAUGGAGAUGAGGAAGCCGAAAAACCCGUGGUGGAAGCUUGUUUUUUUGGCGGUGAGGUGUCGGUCAGUGUCCAGAUGGAUCCAGAGCGGAAAGAUCAUGAUUCUCCGUUCACCUGUUGCAGUGAAGAACAAGGUGUGAGGUUGUCAAUGUUCCUGCCCAUGAAGCCUUCAAAAGCUAUGCGCGGGAAAUCUUUUCCAGGGACGUCAUUGGCCGCGUUACCGAAGAAGUCAUCGUCAAGUGUAGGGUUGUUUAAAAGGGUCAAAAUGCCUAGCAUUCUCGAGAAAGUUGUCAGAGUUCUGAAGACUUGUGGAAUAGAUAAGGAGGAAGCUUUGCAAAAACAUGUGGUUGCGUCUAUUGAAAGCGUUACUGCUUUGUCUAAUGGGUCUGAUGACGAUGUCAAACCGGGUAUCGUCAAAGACCCGUAUCCUAAGUACAUCGUCAAGGACACAUUCAGCAGUCCGGGUUAUAACUUUUCUAGAACAAAGGCAUAUAGUUCCUAACCAAUUCGCCCCGGUGGUUUUGGCGGCUCCUCACACUUGUUCGUGGGUGUUUAUGCAGUUGGGGCUACAUCAUCUUUUCGCGCAACAUUGCCUACUUAGGAGCUUACCGGUACAGACUUGAGAAUGUUGGAGGACGUCUGCGGAGAUUUCAGCAACGACCACGAGGUGGUUUUCUCGAUUCGCAAAGGGACCAGUUUUAUUCUGUUGAGCAUAAAAAAUCUUCAAACUCUUGUCCAGGGGGGAUGGUUUUGCGACGAGGUGGUGGAGUCCUACUUAGCCUUGCUUGGCAACUCUACGUUGCCGGGGUAUC